AUGGCGCAGCAGCUGCGGGACAGCCCUGACCUGGCUGGUUUCCAGUUCUACAAGCUCAUGGCUGCCGGAACGUCCUGGGAGAAGCUGAACGUGCCUGUGGAGUUCAGCCAGUCGCACGGGUUCACGGAGAAGGGCAGGGUGGUGCUGCGGAUGCGCGGGCAGCAGUGGACCGUCUGCCUCAAGCACAGCAACCGGCGCAAGGGUAACGCGAGGACCCGCACGGCGCUGAGAUACGGGUGGAACCGGUUCCGCGUCGACAACGGCCUCCGCGUCGGCGACAUCUGCUUCUUCCAGCUGGUGCAUGAUGCCGGCGGCGACGACCCGGUGCUCAGCGUCGAGGUGCGCAAGGCGGACGGAACCAUCGUCCAGUGA